GCCGACAAUUGUUGGAUCAGAGCGGAGCACGGCAAGCGGAGCCGCAUAGUGAAACAAACAUAUACGCACCAUAAGAAAAAGACACUAGCAUGACAGUCGUCAGACUACAACGAUAAUUAUCAUCAAGGCACUUCUUCACAUUGCUGCAGUUCACUGGCUCCUUAGGGCAGUAGUGACAACAAAAUUUCUAAGCUCCGUCAUUUUGUUUAUCGGGCUCAUGAAAAAAAAGAAUCGACUGCGCGUUUUGCCCUUUAUUCUUUUCUUUAGUCUUCAUAUUCAUCUUUGUACAUUUGCAGUGUUUCUUUCAUUAUCACUUUUUACCUUUCAUUUAUUUUUCAUCCCGCUCGAGUGUCCCUGUGGGUGUGCGACUGGCUCUUGCUCAUCUUUUGUACAUUUGCAAAGUUCUUUGUUUCAUCUUGGUUUUUUAUCUUCCUCAAAAACUGAAAGCGAGAGUGUGUGCAAAGAGGUACGUAUAUGUUCGCCGCUGACAGACCUUUGUGCUAUUUCUUUUAUUUGUAGGAACUGUGGAGGAGUAGGUUCUGUCGGGAACUGAGGCUUGUGGACAAGAAAGGGAGAGGUGUAGGUUCUGCCGGGAACUGAGGCUUGCGGAAAAC